AUGUAUCUGGAGAACAAGGGCAACCUGGAGAUCGAGAUGUCCCAAGCGGGCGCUCCGGGUCAGCAGAGUCGUGCCGGGCACAGGAAGUCCGAGGUCAUGGCGGGGAACUUUGACGAGCUGCGUCUGCUGGAGGGCUUCUCUGACCGCAGGGAGACCCAGAAGCUGCUGCAGGCGGCCGCCAUGCCACCAGGGCACUGUGCCAUCUAUGCCAACACCCAUCAGGAGGACAGUCACAGCUUCAGUGUGGUCAGUUUCCUGCGAGGAAAGACAAACCAGGCCAAACACUCAACAGAGAGGUCUCCUCUUCUGAAGCUCUCCCCGGAUGAUAGCAUUACCUACAUGACCUUGCACGACCCCAGCUUCCCUGGUGGCGAGGAGUCUUCGCUGGACGGCAGCUCCACCGAGGCCGAGAGGAAGUGCCGCCUGGCCGGUGAGGCGGCCGGCGGUGGCAGUGGUCUCUCCCGCUCCUGGUCCUCGGAGAAGUACGACCUGCUGGACAACCGGCACCUGAACUUCAAGCUGUCCAGCAACGUCCGGUAUGGCUUAAAGGUGUUUAAAACCUUCACUAUCUUCAUCAUUGUGGUCCUGUGUUCGCUGUUAUUCAGCAUGUACCCUGAUCGAGAGAACCCCUGGACGAUGCUGGCCGUCUCCUCCACAGAGAGCUACUCUAUGAACCUGACAGAUUUCCGUGGCAACUCCCAGCUGAAGCUACAGAUGGGCGGGCCGUUUCUGGCCCGGGCUGAGGGCAUUCCCACGUCCGGGGACUACAUCCUCGUCCAGAUCGAGCAGACCGAGGAGGUGGGGCCUCGUAGGAGGCGUGCACAGCAGGUCGUCUAUAAUUGGAGCAUCCCCCUGCACUCUCAGCGGAGCGACCAGAUCGUUAGGACGAGGACAUUUGAGAUGCUGAGCAGUUCUCCGGUGGUAAUCACGGUGCAGGCCUUUCUGCUGGACAGCCAGGUGGUGCCCCUCUCCAUGACUCACCAGGCCCUCUUCGCUACCGUGGAAACGCAGGUGCUCAUGGCUGGAAUCAUCCUGGCUGGGGUCUACGUGCUCAUCAUCUUCGAGAUCGUCCAUCGGACACUGGCGGCCAUGCUGGGAUCCCUGGCGGCCCUGGCGGCCCUGGCCUUCGUCGGAGAUAGGCCCAGCCUGAUGACGGUGGUGGAGUGGAUCGACUACGAGACCCUGGCUUUGUUGUUCGGGAUGAUGAUCUUGGUGGCCAUAUUCUCCGAGACGGGCUUCUUUGACUACUGUGCCGUGAAGGCCUACCAGCUGUCCCGGGGCCGAGUGUGGCCCAUGAUCAUCAUUCUCUGCCUGAUCGCCGCCAUCCUCUCUGCCUUCCUGGAUAACGUCACCACCAUGAUGCUCUUCACGCCGGUCACCAUCAGGCUCUGUGAGGUGCUCAACCUGGACCCCAGACAUGUGCUCAUCGCUGAGGUCAUCUUCACCAACAUCGGAGGGGCGGCCACCGCCGUCGGAGACCCGCCCAAUGUCAUCAUCGUCUCCAAUCAGGACCUGCGACAGAAAGGGAUCGAUUUCGCUGGGUUCACGGGCUACAUGUUCCUUGGCAUCUGUCUGGUUCUUCUGACCUCCUUCCCAUUCUUCCGAAUGCUGUACUGGAACAAAAAGCUCUACAACAAGGAACCCAUGGAGAUUGUCGAGCUGAAGCAUGAAAUCCUGGUGUGGAAGCAGACGGCCCAGCGCAUCAACCCUGCCAGCCGCGAGGAGACGGCCGUCAAGCGCCUGCUCACGCAGAAGGUGCUGAACCUGGAGAACCUGCUCCGCCGCCAGCUGCGCUCCUUCCAGUGGCAAAUAUCACAGGAGGACAAAAAUUGGGAGCACAAUAUUCAAGAGCUUCAGAAAAAGCACAGGAUAACUGACAAGGUUCUGCUGGUCAAGUGUGUGUCCGUCCUGGCUGUCGUCAUCCUCAUGUUCUUCCUCAACUCCUUCUUCUCCGGCAUUCAUCUUGAUCUGGGCUGGAUCGCCAUCCUGGGGGCCCUGUGGCUGCUGGUGCUGGCUGACGUCCAGGACUUUGAGAUCAUCCUCCACCGAGUGGAGUGGGCCACCUUACUGUUCUUCGCCGCACUGUUUGUCCUCAUGGAGGCCCUGGCUCAUCUGCAGCUGAUUGACUAUAUCGGUGACCAGACUGCCGCCCUCAUCAAAGCGGUACCAGAAGAGGAGCGCUUGGCCAUCGCCAUUAUCCUGGUGAUGUGGGUCUCCGCCCUGGCCUCCUCGCUCAUAGACAACAUCCCCUUCACCGCCACCAUGAUCCCCGUUCUCAUUAACCUGAGUCAGGAUGAGGACGUCAACCUUCCGGUGAAGCCGCUCAUCUUCGCGCUGGCGAUGGGGGCCUGCUUGGGAGGGAACGGGACGUUGAUUGGGGCAUCAGCCAAUGUGGUGUGUGCAGGGAUCGCAGAGCAGCACGGCUAUGGCUUCUCAUUCAUGGAGUUCUUCAGGCUAGGAUUUCCCAUGAUGCUCAUGACCUGUACGAUCGGCAUGUGUUACCUGUUGGCCACUCACAUUGGACUGGGCUGGAACCUCUAAAACAGCCCCACAUAC